GAUCCAUGCUUUGUCUUAGGAUCCAUGCUUUAGACCAUGGAGCUUGGAGUUUGACUAUGGUAGAUUGUGACUUGAAACUUGCUUGAAACGUCAAAUAAAAAGUGAAAAGGUUAUGUUAUGGACUAGACUUUAAAUAGAGAUAUAUAAACAUAUACAGUAAAUCUGGAUGUCGCUCACUGCUUAAAAUUUCAAAAUGUUUUUAACAAAUGUACUAUUGAAAAAAGCAAAAAGCAAAAGAAUCAUGGUUUUAAUGGAAAGUGUAGUCUCCGGUCACCAGUUUAAUGCCAUUCGAGAACGUUUAGCGGAUAAAUUGGAACUUAUUCGUUUUGAUCCAUAUAUUCAACAUGAAAGCAUUUACAAAGAAAGGAAGAAGAUUAGAAGCAUGAAGUAGACCGAAUAAUUUAAUUUAGAAUUAGUUAUAUAUUAGAAAUAGGUAAAUAAAACAUAUUUGUUCAUUUAAAUAA